AUGCUCGACAUCAUCUCAACGCUUCUGAAUUCAAUCCCCCUAUCAGUCCUCUUAUCUGGGCUGAUCGCCAUGGGUCUGGUUUCAUGGCUUCGUCCCAAGGGUCGCAUAGCUUUCUAUCACGCCAAGGACAAUAAGUUGACAUUGACCAAAGUUCCCGGCGCCACAGGCGCUAAAGAGCAAACUACCCUGGUGGAUGUCUGUCGGUCUGCAACACCAGAAACAUGCAACUUAAACCCUUUCUUGUUCAAUGGGCACCUACAGACAUGUUGGACAACUCUGAAAUACGACGAGGUUCCUAUUUACUACAAACGUAAAAUGUUCGAGUCGGAAACCCCCGCAUUCACGGGUCACUAUGCCAUGGAUUUCGUGGUCGCACCGUACGAGAUUCCUCAGGACCCAGAGCUUCUUGAUCAAGCGAGGAAGUAUACCCAAAAGUCUGGUAUGCCGCCGCGCACAUCGUUCUUCUCUCAGGAUGAAUUUGCUGCGUUGCCCUCCGAUGACACCAAGCCCAUGCUUGUGCUUCUUCACGGUCUGAGUGGUGGCUCCCACGAAAUAUACUUGCGGGAAGUCCUAGCGCCGCUUGUCAAAGACGGCGCUUGGGAAGCAUGUGUUGUCAACUCGAGAGGAUGUGCGGAGACAAACAUCAGUACCGGUGUUCUCUACAACGCCCGAGCUACCUGGGAUGUUCGUCAGUCUGUGAAGUGGCUCAGGAAGCAGUUCCCCAAUCGCCCUCUGUUUGGGAUUGGCUUCUCACUAGGUGCCAACAUCCUCACUAAUUAUCUGGGAGAGGAAGGUGACGCCUGCCAAUUGAAGGCAGCUGUGAUUUGUGCCAGCCCAUGGAACUUGGAUGUUAGUUCUAUGGUUUUGCAAAGCACCUGGCUUGGCAAGGAGGUGUACAGUAGAACUAUGGGGACAAGUAUGAAGAAGCUCUUUGAGGCACAUGUUGAUCAGGUGUCUACAAACCCUCGCAUCGAUGUUGAUGCCAUAAGAAAGAUUACCUACCUCCAUGAGUUCGACCGAGCUCUGCAAUGCCCGACAUGGGGCUACCCCACCGAGGGAGCGUAUUACCGUGAUGCCACUUCCACCGAUUCUAUGCUCGCUAUCAGGAUUCCUUUCCUUAGCAUUCAAGCAGAGGAUGAUCCUAUUGCUUGCCGAGAGGCUCUGCCCUACCAGGAAAUGACCCAAACACCGUAUGGGGUCAUGUUGACUACAUCGUGGGGUGGCCAUCUCGGCUGGUUCGAGCUCGGUGGAUCCAGGUGGUUUGUCAAGCCGGUGGCAAACUUCUUGAACAAAAUGGCAAGGGAAAUUGACACUAAUAUCCCUGGUGUUGUCGAACACCCUGAAAGACUCCCUGGAAACAUUGCCAGCCACACUGGCGCCAACAAAAAGCCCGACCUGGCACCUAAGCCCGAAUUCGUCUCGAUGCGCCGCAAGCUCGCACUACCUUUGGGGCUGUAA